UCCUCGUCCGCUGUUAGCUGCGCAAGAACACUGCUGGUGUCUCUAUCUGCAGUGUCUCCUGUCUGCUCCGCGCCACUCCGAACUCCUCCCCAUGUCUUUUCACGGAGAGGCCCUGAGAACCAUAGGCCAGGCCGCGCUGAAGACCACGUACCUGACACAGAUGGGGGUUGGGGCUCUGGGCAACGCCAUCCUCCUGUUCCACAACAUCGCUCCAGGCUUGCUUGCCCACAGCCCGAGGCCUCCACACACCAUUCUCACCCACAUGGCCCUGGCCAACCUUUUGUUUCUUCUGUCCUCUGGGGUCCUCUACACAAUGGCAGCUUUUGUGUCAAGGAACCCCCUGAACAGCCUCGGGUGUAAGUGUGCGUAUUACGUACAGAGGGUGGCUCUCAGCACCGCCCUGUGCUCCACCUGCGUCCUCAGCACCUAUCAGUCCUUCACGCUCACCCCCAGGAGGGCGGAGUGGGUGAUGCUCAGAGGAAGGGCCCCCAGGGUCACUGGCCCUUCCUGCUGCACCUGCUGGGUGUUCAGUCUCUUAAUGUACAUCUACGUUCCUGUGAAAAUCACUGGUCCUCAGGACACACACAACUAUACUGAUUCCCAAGGCAAGUGGUUCUGCUCAAUCUCAGGUACUGUCACAGGCUUCGGCUACUUGUGGUUCAUCUCUGAUGCCAUGUUUAUUACCCUCAUGGUCUGCUCCAGCGGCUCCAUGGUGCUUCUCCUGCACAGACACCACCAGAGGGUGCAGUAUCUUCACACCCCCGCUGGGCACCACAGAUGCCCCCCGGAGACCAGAGCAGCCCACACCAUCCUGAUGCUCAUGGUCACCUUCGUAACCUUCUACCUGCUGAAUUACAGUUUAGUUUUCCAUAUCAGUGCCUCUUCAGAUUUUCGCCUGUGGUUGCUCCAGGUCUCACAUGUCUUGUCUUCUUGUUUCCCCACUAUUUCCCCCUUCCUGCUGCUCCUGAGGGAUCCUAGAACGCCUAGGUUCUGCUCUUGA